GUUUCGAAAUUUUCUGUAUGUUGCGAUAGAUCGUCGAAGAAGUGUGAACACACAUCGGUUUGUGCUCGCGGAAAGACGUUUUUUCCUGGUGAAAACGCGCUCAAGAUUAGCCGAAAAGUGUUGUCCGUGGUAGCGGGGAAGGUGUACGUAUUGUGUGUGGUAUUUUUCCCCCACGGGCAGCCCGAUUAGGUGGAUUAAAGUUGGAUUUUUCGCACUCAGCCUCCAUUAGCAAAGGAGUUUUCUUGCUGACAUUUUUUUCGCUCACCCUCCCUCGCGUUCACACUGCUGCAGGCUGGGAGUGUGUUGGUGUGAGUGUAGUGGAUCGGAUUAUUUUUCUCGCUGAGCUCGCGUGGUGGUAGUAGUUGCGUCAGUUUGCAUCGCAUCAGCAGCGACAGCGGCCACCUCGCGUGUCGCGCUUUCCCACGCCGCCUGUUUAUAUGCGUGCGUAUGUGUAUUUUACCUCGUUCAGUGUUGCGUAUCGCGAUCGCGCGUUUCAUUCAAAAACUGCAUACAUUCGUUGAUUGAUCCGCGCCAGUGUGUUGGUGUUUGAGAAUAUAGUGUUCGUAGUUGGUGCCGUUUUCUCUUUCCUACGUGCGGGACAAAAGAAGAGCACCGCAAUCAGCAAUCCAUCGUUCAUCAAUCGAAAAGUGCGGUGUCCCGUUUUCCCUUCGUCCUUCAUCAUCGCUUCGACCGUUUCUCGCGCCGAGUGGUUCCUUUUUGGCGACUCAUCAUUUCCUCCCCGUGUGUCGUCUUCCGUGCCCCGCAUGGAAACAGCUAAUUGACUUUUGAAAACGCCACAGCAACGUCACAGGAUCGAUCGGCAGUGUGGGGAGUGACGGUGAUUGAAUUUAAUUCCAACUGUGGGUGCAAAAGUAAGAAAACCGAAAACCAGCAAAAGGAUUUUGAUUUUUUUUGGCGCUGAUGACGUGCGCAAGGAUUGAAUUCCAGCAAGUUCCGUAGCAGUGCGGUUGUUUGCAACUAAUAUUGGCCACGGAAACAAAACUACGCUGGUGGAACCUGGCUGCCACGAUGUCUGUGCAGCAGUACUGUCUGCGUUGGAACAAUCACCAGCCGAACUUUAUCUCCGUCUUUUCCACCCUUUUGCACAAUGAAAGCCUGGUUGAUGUCACACUGGCCGCAGAAGGCCGACAGCUGCAGGCCCAUAAAGUGGUGCUGUCGGCGUGCAGUUCCUAUUUUCAGUCCUUAUUUACCGCGAACCCCUGUCAGCAUCCGAUCGUGAUAUUGAAGGAUGUGCAGUACAACGACCUGAAAACGAUGGUAGAUUUCAUGUACUACGGGGAAGUGAACGUGUCCACCGAGCAGCUGCCCCAGGUGCUAAAGACAGCCGAAAUGCUGAAAAUUAAAGGUCUGGCGGAAAUGCCGGAUGCGUCGGCCGUAUGUAAAGCCGAUCCUGGCAAACUAGAGCAUCCGGAUCUGAUAGGUGCCGGGCUAGGUCCGGGUGGUCAGGGUGGCCCGGAAUCGAUAUGGGGCAGCGCGGAAUCUCAGCAGCAGCAGGCAGCUGCCCAGCAGCAAACUCAGCAACAGCAAUACCACCAGCAGCUUCAGGCUCAACAGCCGCAGUUGCGAAGGACGCCCUCCCCCACCACCAACAUGUCACCGGCCGCAAGGCGGAAGAGACUGAGAAAAACGUCGACCGGCUCGGGAUCGCUCUCUACUGAACGCAUCCAGCAACAGCAGCAUCAUCAGCAGCACCAACAACAGCAGCAGCAGCAGGAUGAACAUAGUACCAAUAACGACGGGACGAUGAACAUCGUCCCUCAUCUGCACAUACAGCAACAGGUUGAUAACAUAUCGUAUAGUACCAGCCAUAGUGCGCUGGCAUCGUUAGCCGGGGCUGCCGGUGGAAACGGAAACAAUAUCCGAAUAAUCAAAGAAAGCCCCAGCUCCGACGUGGAUCAGCAGCAGCACGAAUCAUCGCAGGAAAGUGUAGAUGAGACGGGACACCAUAUUUCUAGCAUCAUUAAAACGGAAGAUCUAAGUGGUGUGACGCAAACGAUACCGAUGGACAUUUCCGCGUCGGCGACCAGUGUGGCGUCGGUUAAUAUCCCCCAAUCGCAAUCUCAGCACAGUGGUGGGCAAUGGACGGUAAUCGAUACGAAUUAUUCGAGGUUCGGUAUCGCGUCGUGUCAGACAAACUUGGGUCUCCAGCAGCAUCAAGCGCAAGCUCAGGCACAGCAGCACGCCGCCGCCCAACAACACCAUCAUCAGCAGCAGCAAGCGGCUCAGGCUGCGGCGGCAGCUAGUCAGCAGGCCCAGGCACAACAGCAGGCAGCUGCUGCAGCAGCGGCCCAGCAUCAUCAAGCACAUCAACAGCAACAGAGUGAUAAUCAGUCGCUGAACAAUGCCGGCAACAGUGGCAACAACAACAGCAACAGUAGUAAUCCGUUGUCCAAUGCGUCAACGACUAACUCGAAUGCACCGACGCCGCAACCAACGACGCCAGUACAAAUCUACCAGCAUCCGUUCUCACCGCAGAUUAUUUCGGUCAAUCCGAACAAUAUGGUUAAUAGCUAUAGCUCGUCAAACAUUUCAACGCCUACGUCUCCGCAGGGUGGUAACGAAUCGGCAGCGGCCGCGAUGGUGCACAGUGUUUACAGCCAAGCUACCAAUCCAAAUCAGUCUCCGAUUGGAACGACAAGCGCGAGCGGGACGACGACAAUCCAGCCAGUCAAGCGGAAACGUUCCGUCAAUCCACAGGGCGAUGAAAAUUUCCUACGAGCGCUUGAAGCGGUCCGAUUUGGCGGCAUUGGUUUUUGCAAAGCUGCUCGACUCUACGGUGUAAAUAAUCGGACGCUGUGGUUAGAGUAUAAAAAACGUGGCUAUCCAAUCAGUCGACCCAGUAUAAAAAGUCGAAUAAAGUUGGAACCGAACAUUUCGCCACCUCCUUCUACAACGCCAACCGGUGACGAAAAUGCGUCCAUGGAGCACUACGAUACAUCGUUAUCGUCGCCUGCGUUGAAUAUGUCUCUACAGCAGCAUCAGCAGCAGCAACAGCAGCAACAACAGGCACAGCAACAAGUACAGGUGGCUCAACAGCAACAGGCUGCCCAACAGCAGCAGCAGCAACAACAACAGCAGCAGCAGACUCAGCACCAGACGGUAACGGAGAAUGCAAAUGCAGCAGCAGCGGCUGCGGCAGCCGCUGCAGUGGCAGCAUCGUCAGCAGCGCCGCUGAUGUGUCCUCCCCAUGCUCAUCCGAUGGGUGUUAUGGGUUUUCUCGAUACGCGGCAUGUGGACUUCACGACGGCUGCGGCUGCCGGUAUACAUCAAAUGUCCCGCCAGAGGUACCCGGAUACUACCACGGUGAACAUGAACACCGGAGCGGUCAAUCUGCAGGGGUUAAAUUUCAAUUCGAUGUAAGCGGGUGGGCAGUCGUAAGUAGGAAAUGGGCGUGCGUACCUGUAGAGGUUCGUUGUUACGGUGAGAGGAGAUGCUCGGGUUAAGAUCGUACCCCGGCCGGUGUGUUUAUUGUGUUGACUUUGAGUCUAUAUUUUGGAAGGUGGUGCUGCUGUGCAGGGAAAAGCGAUUUUCUUUUUCUAGCUAGGUAAAGCUAUUUUUACCUAAGCUUUGUUAGGUUAUUCAUAUUGUUCUAUUUUUCGAAUUUUGAGAUAAUAAUAACGGUGUAUGACAAUCAUACGUAUGUUUUGAGACAAACAUACGUCCGUUCUUUCCGUCCCUGAAGCUUUGGCAAGAUACAUUAGAAAAGUUUUACCAGCAUCAGCACGAUAUUAUGGAAAGUAACCCACAGAGUACAGAUUUCAUGAAUCUGGUGUUAGGGGUGCACCAAUAUCUGUUAGCACCCUUAAUGUUAGUCAUACGUAAGAUGGGAUAUGUUAGUAAUCAGUGCAGUAUCAAAUACUGGAUUUCAAUUCUUGUCUGCAGUUACGGAAUACAUGCCAAAUAUGGUAUUCUUUCGUAAAACGUUUUUUUUUUCAUUCUGCUUCCAUUUCAUAAGUAACCAGAACGAUUUGCAAUGAUUCCAUGCUCGCGAACUAAAAUUCUCGUGAAAAAAUCCGUGCGCCCGCAGAUUUCAGACAGUCACAGGAAAAUAAAAGACAGAGAAUUUCCAAGAAAUUAGAGGAAGCUUUCGCCACUUUGGUUAAUUUUGCAUGAGCUGCAGAGCGUUUGUGCGGCAUGAACCUCAGACAUGUUGUACCAAAUUCAGAGUAGUUUUUUGAACUUCAGGAAUAAUUUCGUACUUCAGAUGACCCUACGAUCUUAAGAAAAAGUUCAGGAGUUUUUAUUCAUGUUUAUUUUUCAACAACGCCGGAGAGGCGAAUUCGUCAUCUGGAUCUAUCGGGCCAUCAUCGCAUGUACUGGAAUACAUAUACCGCUUUGCUUAUCGUUUGAAGAAAGAUGUGCACAGACAUCUUCAGCCCAGAAAAUCCCAUCAACCAGUGACACUUACCAUUCAAGUACCAAGCGCGGUAUUUUUUACGCGGAUUUUGAAAUUUACGCGGUUUUCAUUUACGCGGAUUUUGAAAUUUACGCGGUUUUCAUUUACGCGGAUUUUGAAAUUUACGCGGUUUUCAUUUACGCGGAUUUUGAAAUUUACGAAUUUUCAUUUACGCGGAUUUUUUAAUUUACGCGGUACCCAUUAACGAGGUUCCCAUUAACGCGGAUUCUUAAAUUUGCACGGUCUUCAUUUACGCGGAUUUUGAAAUUUACGCGGUUUUCAUUUACGCGGAUUUUGAAAUUUACGCGGUUUUCAUUUACGCGGAUUUUGAAAUUUACGCGGUUUUCAUUUACGCGGAUUUUGAAAUUUACGAAUUUUCAUUUACGCGGAUUUUUUAAUUUACACGGUACCCAUUAACGAGGUUCCCAUUAACGCGGAUUCUUAAAUUUGCACGGUCUUCAUUUACGCGGAUUUUGAAAUUUACGCGGCUUUCAUUUACGCGGAUUUUGAAAUUUACGCGGUUUUCAUUUACGCGGAUUUUGAAAUUUACGCGGUUUUCAUUUACGCGGAUUUUGAAAUUCACGCGGUUUUCAUUUACGCGGAUUUUGAAAUUUACGAAUUUUCAUUUACGCGGAUUUUUUAAUUUACGCGGUACUCAUUUUUUUUUUUCAAUUUGUUUAUUUGAUAAGGCACGUAUGCGUUAGCUUAAAGGUGCCAUUUUUUCAUUGUUUUACAUUUUGAAUUUCUUAAAACUAGGGGGUUACACAUUUCAAUAUUAUUUUGUUUUAUAUAAUGAAACUAAAAAAAAAACUUUACAGCUAACUUAUACAUAUAAAAGAGGGUAUAAUAUAAUAUUCGUAAGAUUUGGGGGACGGGUCAUUUUGUGUGUUCUUUGUAUAGUAAUUCACUUUAUGAUUUUUAGAAGGGAGAUUGUAGGAGAAAUUAAUUAUUAACUAAGCGGAACAUUUUACAAGCUUAUUAACUAGAAAUAACUAGAAAGAGUGGUUCAAAAUUAAGGGGAAUUAAUUAGGGCUAUUUUAAAGUAGUGGUACUGUUGGGCAUUUCUUAACGAGAUUCGCGGUACUCAUUAACGAGGUUCCCAUUAACGCGGAUUCUUAAAUUUGCACGGUCUUCAUUUACGCGGAUUUUGAAAUUUACGCGGUUUUCAUUUACGCGGAUUUUGAAAUUUACGCGGAUUUUGAAAUUUACGCGGUUUUCAUUUACGCGGAUUUUGAAAUUUACGCGGUUUUCAUUUACGCGGAUUUUGAAAUUUACGAAUUUUCAUUUACGCGGAUUUUUUAAUUUACGCGGUACCCAUUAAUGAGGUUCCCAUUAACGCGGAUUCUUAAAUUUGCAUGGUCUUCAUUUACGCGGAUUUUGAAAUUUACGCGGUUUUCAUUUACGCGGAUUUUGAAAUUUACGCGGUUUUCAUUUACGCGGAUUUUGAAAUUUACGCGGUUUUCAUUUACGCGGAUUUUGAAAUUUACGCGGUUUUCAUUUACGCGGAUUUUGAAAUUUACGAAUUUUCAUUUACGCGGAUUUUUUAAUUUACGCGGUACUCAUUAACGAGGUUCCCAUUAACGCGGAUUCUUAAAUUUGCACGGUCUUCAUUUACGCGGAUUUUGAAAUUUACGCGGUUUUCAUUUACGCGGAUUUUGAAAUUUACGCGGAUUUUGAAAUUUACGCGGUUUUCAUUUACGCGGAUUUUGAAAUUUACGCGGUUUUCAUUUACGCGGCCUGUAUCCUCCGCAUAAAAAAAAAUCUGAGUGUAUUGUUUUUCUGUGGUCCUCUCUUCGGGAAAGAAAGGUUGACAAUAACGGUCUGCAAAUGCAGCCAGUUGUAAACAAACUGAGCCUACCACUGAAAACUGUCGAUUGUUUUCGUGAUGAAAAUAUGAAAUAAUUUUGUGCGGUCCAAAAUGUAUCAACUGCAUCUCACGCGCGCGUUUUUUAUUGUUAUGCUAACUACUAGAAAGAGUAGUAAGCAGAUUUAGCUUUUAGACAGUCUAAGAGAUGCAGGGAAUGGAGAAGAGACUCCUGUUUUCGUCGCUUCAUACGACAUGACGACGGGAGCAAGCACUUUUUGGAUCUACUCCUGGCGUCUGCCGUCGGAUGUCAGCGCUACAGGCUGUAUGUCUGGAGAUAGUAGUGAUAUAAACCUCCUAGUGGACACGUUAUUUAUUAAUGAGAUUUACUGAGAAACUUGAGGAAGAGAAAUGUUACAAGUUCUUGUGAAGCUUCAGGAAUCUCCUACAAAAAUGUUCAAUGUCACAAACUCCAGUGCACGCCGGAAUUUUCGGGAGUCCUUUCAAUCUUCAAGUUUUUUUUUGAAAGUCAGUGUAGUUCUGCGAAUUGCCUGGUAGUUAGAAUUCCAAUAUGGUGCUCUAAGCUUAAUGAAAGCUUUACAAACUUCAGAAAAGUUUAACGAAUUUUAGGAAUGUCUAACAAGCUUUAAUGACGGAAUGUCCUAUAAACUUCAACAGAAAUCUAAAAAUUUCAAAGAAGUUUGCAAAAAACGUUUCGAUCUUCAGAUAAGUUCUACGAAUUUCAUGGUAAUUCAAAGUACUUAUAAGCUUCCGAGACGUUCUACGAAUUUUAGUGAAAUUCUUCACACUUAACUUCUACAAAUUCAGAGAAAUUCCAACAAUUUUAAAGAAAAGUUCGACACCAACUUGCUGCCAGUUAGACGUUAUAUCCGAACUAACACAGUUAGACACUUUAAGACAGAUUAAUCUCAACAGUUCUCACAAAAUUUGUAAACGUCUAAAGCAACUGUCUGGUACCGAGUGAUGUCUCGGUUAGCCAAAUACAAAAGCUCUGGGUCCCUGAUAAGUAUAGGGAAACGAACUCUCUUUUUUGCUGGCAUUAGAGCCAAAUGGCACAAUACCUAGUUUAGAAAAGUUGGAUUUGAUGCUACGUGUUCCAUUCGUCAGUAACUGACACCAACUCUUGCUGACAGUUAGGUGAUACAUCCAAACAGCAAAUUGGCGCCGGUUAGACACUAAAUCCAAACACUUCACAUAAUCUUACCAAACUCAGGAAACUCCUAUAAUAUCCCGGGAAUUGUUUUAAUUUCCUUUGUUUUUAAUGAAUCUAAGGAAAGUUCUACGAACCUAGAGAAAAUUCUAUGAAUUUCAAGUAUUUAUGCUGCCACUAUACGCAUAACUGUCCUAUGUGCUAUGGGAUUCCCUAUUAUCGUUGCAGUUGAAACCUGGAAAAUCCAACCAGCGACAAUCUUUUUGAUGAUGUCGUAUGUAUAGCGCAUCAUUGUACGAAUACAGCGCAAUACUUUCAAUUCCAUUGUUAAGAACCUAAGAAAAUACGAUUGUCGCUGGUUGGAUUUUCCAGUUUUCAACUACAACCAGAAUGUACACAUGGAUCAGUUAUACGUAGAGUGGCAGUAUACGAAAUUGAAGUAAUGCGUUUUUUUUAUUUUAAUCGAUUUAGAUAGGUAAGAGCUAUACUUUGAAGAAUUCAGUGCACAUUUUAGAAAGAUUUAUUAGAAGUUUAGGCCAGAACAGAGCCUUCAGUUUUUUUUGCGUGGAGCUGAGUUAUUUUUGCAUGAUUUAAAAAUACCUGUGGUUAUUGCUUUCUGCAGGAAUGUUGCAUUCGUCCAUGGAAUUCACACUGGUACAUUACUGCAUCUGGUCGGUUGUUCUUUGUUUCCUCGUCUUGUGUUGUACUAACUUUAAAUCAGUUCCCUUUGAUGUAUGCUUUUCCAUCGGGGAUGCUGACUAGUUGUUUAAAAGUACUGUUUUGAGACGUACCUGGGUAAUUUUUCUUUGCUGCUUGAACAGUUGUCGCUAGUCGCAAAUGAUAUUGCAGUGUGGAUGUUGGUUUUGGUUGUAGUAGAUGUUUUUUUUCCUAACAGUUGCCGCAAUGCGAUGUUAGUUUACAGAUGCAUUGUAAUCUGAUUGUCAUAUGUAAACAAGGUAAUCCAGAUAGAUAACAAUAUCCUCAUUACACAAACACUCUUACUAAUUUCCCGAGAAGAGAUCACCCUAGUUCCGUCUGUAUCGGGAAUCAAUGUUCUAAUUAUCGGCACAUAUGUUUAAGGCCAUUUUAGAGGACAGAGUAGUGUAGUCGUACCUCGGUAAAUGAAUAUUGACAUAUUCGCAUCCGUAUGCGUGCUUCAAGUUAUAAAAAAACUUGUGCAACAACUUUAUAAAUGAAAGCAAUUAGUGCCAUAUUUCAUACAUGAUGGAAAUGGAUACUAACAAAUUUCAUAAUAGCGAAACUAUUUUUUUUUAAUUUUAUCGUCCACCUUAUUGAUGUUGGUCCCGUAUUUCAAACAUUUCGAUCCACACUAUUGCCACAACAGGAAUAGAACUAUAACUUGCUUUUAUUUUUUACAGCGCACUUUUUGUGCUAAUAACGAUCAAUCCGCUUAGAGGUUGAUAGCGAACCGAAAAAUAUGCGGUCAUUCUCAACUCAAAAACUCUUCAUCAUAUUCUUAAUUCUUUUUGGAAGAAUUGGAUAUUUCUUGAUCAAUGCUGUAUGCUUCUCGGUAAUUGAACUGCCAUUCGAGCUACCAGUGGAGACAUUUGAAAGUUUGCCCAAUACAGAUAAUUUAGAGUUAAAGAGCCAUUUUUGUCUCUGUUUUAAAGCUAUGUUGUUGAAGCGUACCUUGUUAUUCAACCUGCAUUACAUUUUCCGGUUUCAGACCACGCUACCCUACCAGUAGAAACAAUUCACAGGCAAAAUAGUACAUCCCAAUCUCCUCUAACCGUCGCAACGUACACAAACUGCAUAAUACGCCACCUACAAGAAAAACACACACGCAUACGUCGAGGUCCACUGAAGAACGGAUCUAGUGAUAAUGAGUUAGGUAUAAUGCACUGUUAGCUGAAUCGAAAACAACCCCAAUGCAAAAAGUAAUGGGAAAAUGGGAUAUUUGCAACAGUCACCCGGCACGACACCCCCUCGCCGUAGUUCAUUCGACUCUCAAUAGUUCUGGGAGUUUUGAAAGACAUGAAGUGCGAGAUAAAAGUUUCUCAUUUCUUAUGAACGAAUCAUUGUAGUAUGUAUGCCAUAUCCAUUAUUGUCAUAUGUGUAAUUGGUAAUCGAGAACGAUGGGGAAUGUGUCGCCAUUCCCAGUCCUAACGAACACGUUAUGUUAAGGUGGUAGAUCGUAUCGCCAAUGAGCAAUACUGUAUAGAAAUAAAAAAUAAAAUAUGUAAAGCUCUCACCCUUAUGACAGAUGUAAAAUCAUAAAUACAGCUGUAGUUAUUGUUCUCAUUAAACACAAUAGCUGUGUGAUUAGGCCCAGUGAUAUUAAUGUUGCGUUUGCUUGAUUAAGUUCAGACUUAUUUGUAGAUACUGUGUCCUUAGAAAAAUCUUCAGACUUUAGCUUUUUUCGGCAGCUCUGGACUCUGUUGGAAUAGGUUGAGAAGUGUUGAACAACAAAAAUGACAAUUUUCGCUAAACUGUGCAAUAUUCGAAAUAACCAACUAUUUAUUCUCAUUUUUACAUCUAAUCUUGCCAGCGUUUGAGUGCACGCAACGGAAGCAUUAUUCGCUUAUCUUUGUUUUUCUUUCCUUCCUUCUUCGCUUUCAAUUUGGCUUGCACAUCCAGCUUUGGACUUCAUUCUCAUCCAACAUUGUAUUUUUGCCCAAUAUAAAACGUCACAGUUUGCGAAACUCGCAUAAAAUAUUUUUAUAUAAAAAUAGCUAUCAUGAAGUUCCGUUCAGUGAAACUCAUGAAUGAACUAACAUUUUUUUUAAUUAUUCAAAAUCCUUCGAACAUUAAAAUUUGAAGAUACGAUUAAUUGAAAAAUAAAAACACAGCUAAGCAUAGAUUCGCAUACAUUCGAAAUGUCGGCCGGUAGACCCUCGAGACGAUCGCAUUCCGCGCAAAGCUUAUUUAUUGAGAGAGAAAAGGCACUUGAAAGCGGUGCGUGUCCAAUACGGGUUCAAAUGUGUGAACAGAAGCAGAAACAUAUUAUUUUUCCCUAGUAGGAGCAACCCAUCCAAGUGUUGAAUACAUUUUCAAAGUCAUCACGAUCAUCGGACAGAUUCCUUUUGCGGCGAUAAUCGCUCCAACAUAAACAUACGAAAGAAAAUAAAAAAUAAAAAGUGAAGUGAGGACGGGUUAAACGGAUUCUGAAUACCCUGGAACACUUUCAAAGAAAAAAAAUAACAAUGGUAGUAAAUAGUUCUUUUUGUUAACUCUUUUCUAGCAAUUUAAAUACAUGUGUAUAUUUAAUUAAAUUAAUAGCUAAACAUAAAUCUUUGAUGUCAAUGAGGAGGACCGUGUAUUUAAGAACAUUUAAAUAAUUAAUUAGUACAGAAACCUUGAGAAGACGGAAACAGUUAAACUAUAGUGUGUAAGGUGGAAUAUAUCAAUAGCUGAAAAGUGAAAAUGCUAAUAUAAUGCAGAUAUAAUGGAAAUUAUUAAAAAGGUAAAUUAAGCAUGUAUAGUAAACAAUAUCUUUACAAUAAGAUUAUUAAAUAAAUUAAGCGAAAUGACACUGUGAACUUACUUAAAGAAAAUUUGAGCAAAACUGGAUAAAAGAAGUAAGAAGUAAAAUAAACACACGUACGAGAAAAAAAGCAAGUAUUUACUUAUGUGAAUAAUAAAAUUAAUUAAAAGAAAAUCUAAUAAAAUACAGCAAAAAUCAAUUAUUACG